CACACUCCAAAUGGCUGUCAGGAUAAUUUCAUGUUUUGGGGGGGCAGACUGUCAGUUCUGAUCAUCCUUUUGCCUCAGUGCGGUAGGAGAAACUUCACCUAUGACUGCUUGUGCUUGCCUUUUGAGUCGUGUCUUGGACCUGGGGGUUUCUUUGCCGGCCUCUUUUAUGCUGCUUUAAGCUGUGAGUGUGAUUUUAAUUAAAACUAGAUGCUGACCCCACAUGUGAACCACAGUGCUCAGCAUUGGGCUGAAAGGACACCGGUGGGGACACUGCGGCAGCUCUGUGGAGCCAUCCUGUUCACAGAGGGGACACGUUGGCUGCCAAUCUGAAUAUUAAAUAUUAGAAACACCUACUUCCUUUAUUUUAAGAUAACAAACAUAAGCAGAGGCUUUAAUUUCUCUUCCUGCACCCGAGGAGCUCACCUUUUCCCCCUCCCCCUGGGAUGAUGGCCAUAGCAGGGUGCGUUGAACUUGGUUCCUGUGAGAAUCCUGAGCUUUCAAAAAUGCAGACCCGCACCACAAUUUCUGAUUCUGGGGGCCUGAGAAUCGACACUUUAACAAAGUCCGACCAGCAAACCUCAAAUGAAGCCACUUCUGGGGACUGUUAAAAAAUAUUCUGUUAAAAAGAAAAUUAUUCAUGCCGCUUGUUAAAGACGUUAAGGCAGACUUUAUUUCAAGGGGGGCACUACAAUGGGAUUUUACAGGGGAGGAGAGAGAUCAGGCUUAACUUCCAACACAACAAGAAAAAGUGGUAAUUUAUAGCCGCGGAGCAGGAUGGGGGUCAGUGGAUGGAAGAUUACUACUAAGAAGAAACAUCAGGGCUAAGGGAGAAUUUCGGCUAAACCGACUUCACAGGAUUCUUGCUGAAGGUAAUCUGGGUAAUCAGACAUCACCUGGGAUGGUGGGGGAUGAGGAACCCGGUCAGAUUCUAGGGUGAUCAGAAUUGGAGGGUGGGGGCUCCUGGCUAAAAUGACUUAGCAGGAUUCUUGCUAAAAUUGGACAGUGGAGAGAGGAGCAGGGAGCUCAAAAGUCAGGGCUGAGUUGAGAGUUCAGAGGAGACUAGAGUUCGGUCAAGGAGAGGCUGUCAGGACCCCGGACAGUGGGGCUACCCCGCCGCCGACCUCCCCGGCAUCCGCUGGCGAGUCCCGGUCCGCGAGCGCGGACAUCGGAGCUGCCUGCAGGGGGCGUAAGGGGGCCGCCGCGGGAGCAGGCGGCCGGGAGGCGGAAGUGCGAGACGGCGCGGGCCAGGGCAGCGCCGGGGAGGAGGUGCGUGCGGGUAGGGGUGGGUGCCGCCGGGCUCCAAGGUCCAGGCAGGGCGCAGGGCGCCAGCACCGCCCCGGGUCUGCGCCCCGGAAGCCAGGAACGGGGCGCGGGCCAGAGGAGCGCGGUGUGCUGGACUGGGCUCGGCCGGGCCGCUGGGUGAUGCCGGGAGCGCUAGGCCCCGGGCGGGCGGCCGGCCUCCUUCUGCGGGCCGGGAGUCAGCGAGGCCCCGCGGGGAUGUCCCCGUGCUCCCGGCCUCUCCCCCGCAGGUUGGCCCUGGUGCCGUCAACGCCUGGGCGGCCCUGAGUCGGGGCGCGGGCCCGGCGGGCCCCCGCAGCGCCGGCUGUGCUGGGCUCUCGGGGCUCUGGCCAGCCCGGCUGUGCGCCCCCGCCCGGGGCAGCGCGGCGGCCCGCAGGCUCAGGAUUUGGGGUCUGUAGGACCUGGUUGCGCGUCCUGGCUGGCUAUUUCAGACUUUUUUGUGAUCUUGUGCAAAUUGCUAAAUCUCAGUUUCUCGUUUGUAAAAUGGGCUUAAUAAUGUCUGCCUUAGGAUCAAAUAUCUAUCAUCAACGGCAGCGCUGUGGCCGUGCGAGGCGGUUGGAGUGAUCCUUAGAGGUGGGAAUGACUUUUACCACUGCCUGAGUUGACACAAAUGAGCUACAUUGACAAAGGUCUCUCCCCUGUGGCCAGACAGGUUAGGAUGAUGUCCUGCUAAUUUUUUUCUUAAGUUUUAACCAUUCUAGGUGAGCAAUAAUGAUGGAGUUAUGUGUCAGAGAGGAAAAUCUUAUUCUUGGCUGAUAUUUUUCUAGGCAAAUUAUCUCUGCUCCAGUGAGAUCCUCCCUAGGCAGGAGCCCUAAACCACUUUCACGGUUAACUGCUAAGUGGCAGGUAGAGAAAUGCACCCUUUGAGUCACAGAGUGGGGACUGAGCUUUAGGUGGAAGCGCUGAGGUGGAAUCUAUUCAGGGUGGGGAGACGAGAGGCCAAGUUAGAUGAGGGGCUGCCCCAGCCCUUCUGGUUGCCACAUCCGGGAGCCAGGCAGAGUUGUGGUCCCUGACCCCUACUGCUGACUAAAAUCUGACCAGUCAGAAGUAUCUUUGGAUUAAGGGAAGGGGUGUUGGCCAAUGAAACCUUAUUGUGAAUCAAAAUGGGUUUCUUGUAACCACACCAAGAUAGAGGAAAGGAGAACUCUGGAGCUGGGGGAGCCAGGGGUCAUUGAGAGAUUUUAAGGGUAGGACAACUUGGGCACCCUGGGGACAGUGAGAUCUGGGUGGAGAGGGAAAGAGGGGGCCGACUUCCUUUCGCCUGAGAGGGUGCUCAUCCCUCUGCUCCUGCUUCAAAUGGCUCAGUGCAGAGGCUACUGGAGGCAUUUCUGGUUGGGCCUGGUGGCCUGUGUGGGGCCCCGGGCCCUGUGGCAGGUUGGAGGGUUGCUUCUCCUGAGCCCUCGGCCUGCCCGCCGCCACACCUCCCACUUGAUGCCCUGUCAAUGGCCCGUCUGAGUCUCCUUGCUCCUGCUCACUGCCAGGCUCUCCUCUGGCCUGCACCGACCAGCAAUUUCAGCUGAUGACUGGAAGUAUUCUGGCUUAUCAGAAUUCACUAGACUUUGUUCUUCUCUGUAGGAAUUAAAGCUUGACUACCACUCAGGACAAAGAGACCUAUAAUCCCUGACGAGACUGGGAUUUGCUGUCCUGAAUAAGAAAAGCAAGUCAGGAAGCUUGGGCUCUGACUCCUCUUCAGGAGAGACUGGAGAGAUGGAAGCUUUAAAAUCUGGGAAUAAAAAGAGGGUCCUUCCCACAUGGAUGACAGCCCAGGCGGCUGAGAAAAGAAUGGUGCCAGUGAAGACCCCCAAGAGGAGGAGAAUGGCAGCAGUGCCGGCGGCUGCCUCAACCAGACUUCCUGCGGUGAACACUGUGUACUGCAUGAACGAAGCUGAAAUGGUGGAUGUCGCUCUGGGCAUCCUCAUCGAGGACCGAAAACAGGAAGAGCCCUCAGAGCAGCCAGCUCUGGCAGGCGCUGAUAAGCCAGAGCUCUCCCCAGCCUGCUCAGCGUCACCCAGUUCUCCUGGGAGCACUGAGGACGAGGACAAUGGGAACAACGCCCUUCCCCCAGGCCACAGCCCUUCUCAGGGGCCUGCGGGUUCUGACUCUGGCAGCAGCAAAGUCCCUGAGGAAGAUGAGGAUGUAUUAAAGUACGUCAGGGAGAUAUUUUUUAGCUAAGGGACAAACUUCCCAGGACUUUCUGUCCAGAGCAGCUGCACGAAGCUGGGCUUCCCUCCCUGCCUGGGGACUGCCCCUGGGAUGCCAUGGCCUUCUCCUCCCACCUCCACCAUCCCUGGGCUGGACAGAUUCACCUUGGAGCAGAAGCCCCAGGACACUCUGGACCUUGGGAACUGAGGCAUCAAAAUGAGCUCCCAUUGAAUUCCUCUCUGCACUGUGCACUCUCCCCCUCAGGGGUCUCAAAUCCCAAUUGUCUGUUUUAUUCAGUUGCCAGGUUCCAGGGAAAAUGAGGUCAUGGUGGUCAGACUUAUUGGAACCAGAGUCAACUUAAUAAGUUUAAAGAAAAAAAAGCAUGGCUGCUAGGUACACUGGAAUUCCUAUAACUUAGUCAGCAUGAUCUCUCCCUAAGGAGGAAGCCCAUUUUAAAAAUAGCUUCCCUCAUGAGGCAACCAGUCAGCCCGUGAGCCCUCACUCAUCCCACCUUGAAGGCAGACCUGCUGCCCUCAGUGCUCUGCCGUCUGGGAGCUUGCAGUUCAGCGUCC